AUGCGCUUUUCCACAAUCCUCUCUGCCUGUGUCGCAAUUGCUGGAGUGAACGCUGCGCCAGCUGGCUGGUCCCCAGGUUCUGCCAAAUGGCUCGCCGAAAUCGGGGACUAUAUUUCGCACGCCAACCAAGGCUUCCCUCGCCAGCCUACUUGCGAUCUCUCCAAAGCCGUGCUCCCAAGCAAUCCGCAACUAUCGGAAGUUCCCCAAGACCAGAAGCUUCUUGCAGUCACAAUCGGACGUGGCACUCAAAAUUAUACCUGCGCUGGCUUAUCCCCGGAUGAAGCACCAAAGGCCACUGGUGCAGUUGCCACGCUGUUCGACGCUUCCUGCAUCGCAUCCAAUUACCCCCUCCUCCUCUCGCUUCUCCCCAACCUUGCUCUCGAGCUCACCAAUCCUCCGCCAUCCAGCAACGCCCGUGGUCCAGUAGACCUAAUGGCAAUGGGCCACCACUACUUCGACUGGGAAGGGGUGCCAACAUUUGACCUACAAAAGCUGGGUAUCUGUGGUGUUAAAAAGGGCGACUCCAAGCCAGCACCGCCCAACGCUAUGAAGGGCGUCAAGAAAGAGCAAGAAGGCGCCGUUAACUGGCUGAUGCUUGAAUCGGUUCCUUCCAGCCAAGGCCAGGCAAAGAGGGUAUAUCGUGUGAACACUGCUGGAGGCAAGGCACCAGCAACCUGCGCUGGAUUGCCAGAACAGAUCCAAAUCCAGUAUGCUGCCCAGUACUGGUUCUAUGGAUAA